AUGCUGGGAGGGACCGGAGGCAUCGCUCUGACGGAGCUGCUGAAGGACGGACACAAGCACUUCCAGGGUAUCGACGAGGCUGUUGCCAAGAACAUCGAGGCAUGCAAGAAGCUCUCGACCAUCACCCGCACCUCCAUCGGCCCCAACGGCAUGAACAAGAUGGUUGUGAACCACCUGGGCAAGCUCUUCGUCACCAACGACGCCGCGACCAUCGUGAAGGAGAUGGAGGUCAUUCACCCAGCUGCCAAGCUCGUUGCUCUUGCAUCGCAGACGCAGAAGGAGGAAAUCGGUGACACAACAAACUUGGUUGUUGUUCUUGCCGGAACUCUACUGGAAGGAGCCGAGGCUCUGCUCCGUCAAGGUUUGCCCAUCGCAGAUAUUAUCGCGGGAUACACCAAAGCCUAUCGUGCCUGCCUUACACACAUUGAUUCACUCAGCGUCAAGAGCAUUGAAAACAUUCGCAGUGAAGAGGAAGUGUCCAAUGCGCUCAGAGCAACUGUCUGCUCCAAGCAGAAUGGACUUGAAGACUUUCUCUGCCCCUUGAUUGCCAAAGCUUGCGUUCAAAUUGUUCCCAAGGAAGCAAGUCAGUUCAACGUAGAUAAUGUCAGGGUUGCCAAAAUUCAAGGAAUGUCAGUUUAUGAUUCCUUCCUUGUGAAGGGAUUUGUAUUGACCAGAGAUUCAGAGGGCACUAUCAAGCAUGUCACAGAUGCAAAGAUUGUUGUGUUUGGUACUGAGGUCGAUCUUUCUGCUACCGAGACGAAGGGCAACGUGCUGAUCAAGAAUGCUGAAGAGCUGAUGAAUUACUCGAAGUCGGAGGAGGAGGCAAUCGAGAAGAUUGUACAAGAGAUUGCAGCAACUGGUGUGAAUGUGUUGGUAGCACAAUCUACUAUCAGCGAGAUGUCCCUGCAUUUCUUGGAGCGAGCGAAGAUCAUGGUUAUUAAGUGUCCUUCCAAGUUCGAAAUUGCUCGCUUGUGCAAGCUUUCUGGAGCGACUAGCCUUGCUCGCUUUGGUGCCCCACUUCCAGAAGAAAUCGGAAAGGCGGAUCGUGUUUCUGUUGAUGAACUCGGUGGACAGCCUUGCACCACAUUUGUCAGGGAUUCGCUUGAGCAAACGAAGGUCUCCACCAUUAUCCUGCGUGCCUCCACUUCGAACCACCUGGACGAUCUUUCACGUGCAAUUGAUAAUGGAGUGAACAUCUACAAGCAGAUGACCAAAGAUUCACGAUUUGUUGCUGGCGGCGGUGCUUGUGAAUUGCGCAUGGCAGCACAUCUGAAAGAAAUGGGGGGCAAGACUCCUGGGUUGGAGCAGUAUGCUAUCAAGAAGUAUGCAGAGGCGCUCGAGACAAUACCAAGAACUCUGGCGGAAAACGCAGGCCAGGACACAACAUCCACGAUCUCAAAUCUGUAUGCUGAUCACACAGCGGGUAAGUUGAACCAUGGAAUCAACAUCGAUAGCCCGGGGACAAGGGACAUGCUUGAGGCAAGCAUUCUCGAUCAUCUGGUAUCCAAGAAGGAAGCCAUGAGGCUUGCAUCCGAGGCUGCGAUCACUGUGCUGCGGGUGGACACGAUCAUUAUGGCAAGGCAGUCUGGAGGACCGGAUCCCAACAGAGCCCCGGGAUAAUUCAGGGAUGUAUGAUUUCAAACAUUUGCAAUGCAUUUCUUGUUGAAAGGAG